ACACAUUCUAAUGUAUGGGCAAUAAAACUAUGUUUAUAUCUGUAUUCAGUGUUUACUGUUUUGAUGCUUUUCAUCUUUAAACACAUGAGCAUGUCUCUGUGUGCUCUCUAUCAGUCUGAUGUCAGGUCUGGCUGCGCUGGAUGCCAAGUGUUCCAGUCGGCUGGGUCUCAUCACCGUCUCUUACUACCUGUGGACCACAUUCCUGGCCGUGGUGGUGGGAAUCGUGAUGGUGUUAAUCAUUCAUCCGGGGGGAAUGGCACAGAAGGAAGACUCUGAAGACAGCGGGAAACCCAUCAUGAGCUCCGCCGAUGCUCUGCUGGAUCUCAUACGAAACAUGUUUCCUGCCAACCUUGUUCAAGCCACUUUUCAACAGUAUCGUACCAACAGUGUGCCCAUAAUGAAGACCCCCAAGACGACAGUGGCCACCGGUCUAACAGAAACCACCACUCGCCGCGCUCUAAUCUACGGGAUUCAGGAUGAUAACGGGACGGACAUCCAGAACUUCCAGCUGGAUCUGACUCCGCCUCCUGAUGUGGUGAUGCGGACGCUUCCAGGCACCAGCGAGGGCAUGAACGUCCUGGGGAUCGUCAUCUUCUCUGCCACAAUGGGCAUAAUGUUGGGGAGGAUGGGUCCUAAUGGCAGUGCUCUGGUCAACUUCUGCCAAAGUCUCAAUGAAGCAGUGCUGAAAAUUGUCGCUAUUGUCAUCUGGUACUUCCCAUUCGGCAUUGUGUUUCUGGUGGCCGGGAAGAUCCUGGAGAUGAGCGACCCGUCUGCGAUGGGGAAGAAGCUGGGCUUUUAUGCCAUCACUGUGGUGAUGGGCCUGAUUCUGCACGGCCUCUUCAUCUUGCCGAGCAUGUACUUCUUCAUCACCAAGAAGAGCCCGAUCGUCUACAUCCGAGGAAUCCUGCAGGCACUGCUCAUCUCACUGGCCACGUCCUCCAGUUCUGCCACUCUGCCUAUCACCUUCAAGUGCCUGCUGGAGAACAAUCACAUCGACCGGAGGAUCAUUCGCUUCGUGCUGCCCGUUGGAGCCACGAUCAACAUGGACGGCACUGCGCUGUAUGAGGCGGUGGCAGCCAUUUUUAUUGCACAGGUCAACAACUACGAGCUUGACUUCGGCCAAAUCAUCACUAUCAGUAUUACAGCUACAGCAGCGAGCAUCGGUGCAGCCGGGAUCCCACAGGCCGGCCUAGUCACCAUGGUAAUAGUGUUGACAUCUGUCGGACUGCCCACUGAUGACAUCACUCUCAUCAUCGCUGUUGAUUGGGCGCUAGACCGAUUCCGCACCAUGGUCAAUGUGAUGGGAGAUGCUCUGGCCACAGGAAUCAUGGCCCAUAUCUGCAGAAAGGACUUCAUUAAAGAGGGAGAUGGGGUCCCUCUCAUCUGCGAAACAAAGCCAAUGACUAACCAGGGUUUGCCGAACUGUCAGCAGAACAACGGUAGUUUCCAGCCCCCACCACCAGGGGGCAAACCUGAGCACAUUCCCCCAGACGUGGCCCGUCUCAUGCAGUUGGAAGAAGGGGUCCGUCCACCACCAGUUGAUCGAAAAAAGCCACCCAUACCUCCUCGGCACCUGAAACACAGAGACAAGGACCAUUGUGCAAUCGACAUGAACGGUCUGGAGACUAAUGUAUAACGUCCACUGAAAUGACGCAGACUGAGAUCAUUCAGACAAAUGAAUCCACUUGCAUGGGAACAGACGACGGGACAUGUAUUACUUCCUUUCCAUUUUUCUCUGACAGGCGACAUAUGGUCUGACCCUGCACAUAUGGGCCACUGCCCCAGUAAUGCCAUUGUUGGCAGCACAUCCCAGUUGACCCAUUCAGUGCGUUAGAUAAUGCCAGGAUGGGAUGAAAAACCAGGUCAGGUCCACAACACCCAGCCUGCCUGCUUCAGUGGGUCAUAACCCAAUGUAUUCAAGGCCUUGAGAGCAAAACUUUUCCUGUAGCAUAAUACAAGACUGUAAAAAAGCAUGAGUGUAAAUACAACAUAGCUAUGUACUCUGUGUUUUUUUAUUUCUCAAGUUUAUAUAUAAUUUUAUAUUUUCUGUCUUGUCUUUUUAAGCAGCCUGUGUUAAAAAAAAAAGAAAAAAAGAGCUUGCAGGUGUGCGUGAAGAUCAGUGUUGAUUAUGAUAUUGAAUGUUUUAUGUUAUUUGAUCUCCUCUCCACGUUCAGUGAGGCCCGUUCUCAUGCCACAUCUGUAAAUCAAAUAUUCAGCAAAUUAUUGCUAUAACUAUAUCAAAACCGCACUGAGUAAACCACUCAAGGUUAAAGGUGCUAACCCGGGGAAACUAAAUAUAGUGUUAUCCCAGACAUAUAUGGACUGUGCAACUAGAAACUAAAUUUGCAUAUGUAAUACGUCAUGCACAUUUUGGAAAGUGUGCUAAAUUAGGCCAAAAACAUACUUUGCACAAGUACGAAAACACAACAGAAACAUAGUUGCAAAAAUGGCUGCUCAGUGCUCCAGGUGUGUGUUUGUUCUCUACUUCUGUGUGUGUCUGUGUGUGUGCACUUGGAUGGGACAAAUUGAGAGUAUGGCCACAUGUAACGUUCACUUAAAUUUAUAACCAACUAGCACCUCUUGUGGAAAUACUGAGAAUGCAAUCCACGCCGGCACAUACUUGUGUAGAGUAUAUUUGAGGCCUGGCUCUGCAGUCAAACGUGCUUGUGGUGGUCACUAAUCUCUGCUGAAGUGCUGGCCACUCUCAUUUGCGCUGAUUACGAAGACCCAUCUCAGUAAAGCUGUGGCACACAGGGCAGUUCAUGGCCGGCUGCUGUCAUCUCUCAGAGCUGAUUAAAGCGCUCAGCUGUACUUACAGCUUUUCUCAUUGACAUAUAUACAGAGUGCUCCAUGUGCUCCUUGUGAUUAACUGAAUUAGGUUUAAAUCCCUCUCUUGAUGUUUGACAUUGAUGCACAGCAGGGAAGCCAUAAUGUCCAGUUUCGCAUUACAUGAGUCAUUUUGGAAUAUAAGUGGCAGCUUGUUACAGAUGGGAAAAAAACUGAGUCUUAUUUUUCUGAAAAAUAUAUUCAUAAAGUUUUAUGUAUACGAGUGGUUCCCUCCAUUGUCACAGGAAAACGUCUUGUGAGGACAGUAAUGCAAGGGAUCAGCUCUAAUGCACCAUGAAAUAAAGAUGAAAUACUAUAAGAGCAAUACGAUGAACAGUAAAAGUAAGAAAAGCUUUGCAUUUAUACAUUAAUUAUUGCAUUUACAUAACUGAUGCAUUUAUACAUUGAAGCCAGCUAGCUGGUUAGCGAGUGUUGUUUUUGGACCCUGGGUAUGACGCACUAAGGAACAUCUGUGAACCAAUAAAUAUCCUCAGAUUAUAUCUGUACUGUAGAUAAUUAAUGAUAGAAGUCUAGGGCCAAUAUUUUGUUAAUACUGUGGAACAUAAUGCAUCAAUAAAGCAUUUUAUACACACUCAUUUGUUUGUGAUGGA